CUCGCAUCUGUCAGCCCGCUGCUUUCACUUCAUCCACUGAGCCUGUAGACGCAUCUGAGCGCAUUUGUGUCGGUUUUCUGGGGACGAGGCCCAUCAAAUCAUCUGCUUUGUGGGGUUACUCAGAUAUACAAGAUGAGAGGAUACCUAUUUGGAAUACUUGUACUUUUAAAAUAUUGCAUCUGCCAAGAUGCGCACGACUUUGAUGGAGACGUCAAGGACUUUGUGGUUGGAAACCGUAAGUUGUACGUUCUUACCGACCGUCGACUUCAUCAGAUGAGACACGAUCUGUUUGUGGAGAAGAGUAAAGACAUCACUAAUGCCACACACCCCAAUACAGUGACCAUUCUGGUGCCCUUUGACGCGAACGGUACUUUGGUUACGUGUGGAACAUCUAACAGCGAAUAUUGUGAAGUUCUUGAUAUAAAUGAUAUCACAAACCGUAUUUACUGGGAAGGUGUAUCGGUUGGUCCUCAGCGGAAUGAGACAUCUGUAGCAUUCAUAGUUGAUAUUAAUCCUCAGGUUAACCCGAUGGGAACUUACCUUUUGAUUGCGAGAAAGAAAAGAAAUUCUAUUGCUACCUUGAGGGACACUUUGAACUCUGGCAAAGGUGGCAUUUUCUCCCAAAUAGAUGAAUUAUCAGACUCCUUCAUUAAGACCACCAGAACGCAUGUUGAGUUUGUUGACGGCUUCCAGGUAUCUUCGCGCAAUCUCUCGUACUUGUUUCUCAACACAGAGACUGAGACCGAGAGGAAAGUUCAUGUGUUGAGGCUGAAUAACUCUAUAGGAAGAAAAACAGAUAUUUUCAAGGACCUCAAAGGUGCAACUAUUGAAUGCUGUGAUGAUAAAGUUCGUCCAGUUCUUCUCGCCUCCACCAUUAUUCCUUCAGGCAAGUCCGUUAUCUGGGCAGGUGUCUUCAGUGCGCAAAAUGAACGUGAUCCAGAGAACACAGCGCUGGCUUUAUACGACAUCAGUCAUGUUGAAGGAAAAGUGAAGGGUUUCUGCCACAACAGUGAGAUGUGUCUUUCUGAGAGUGGUGUUAAACUUCAGCCGCGUGCUGUGGUUUUCAAGUACAGCUGGAUGACAUCAGUAGCAGCAGUUAGAUCUGAAUCCUGGAUUGUGCUGUUUAUAGGAACCAAAGAUGGCCAGCUGAUAAAGCUUGUGUUGGGUGAGACAUUCAAAGCAGGCUGUCCAAUGGUGCUAUACAAAUCUGAUGAUGAACGAUCAGUGUUUCCCAGAAUGCACUUUGAUCCAGUAGAUUCCAAACAUGUCUACAUAGCUUUGAAGAAUCAGAUCAGAAGAGUGUCUGUGGCUCAGUGUGUUAAAUAUAACACUCUCAAAGACUGCAGAGCUUCUCUGGAUCCUCUCUGUGGCUGGUGUGUGAACUCACACAGAUGUUCUACCAAAGAUGAAUGCUCAGAAUUUUCAUGGGUGUCCAUCCCAAAUGACUCUUUUCAGAGACAACUACUUUAUUUUCAGGUGGCAGAGAAAUCUUCCAGAAAUAUUUCUCUACAUCUUGCCUUGAGUCUGAAAAGCACUGGAAGUCUCAUCUUCUCAUGUGCCUUCACCGUAGGAAGUGUGAAUGUGUGUGACAGGUCUGAUCCCGCUGCAGUUUUCCCAAACUGUUCUUGUAGCUUUUCUGACCAGCUGCUGUCUACCAGAGGUUUAACAGUCUCAGCAGCAGUAACUAUUGGAGAUCAGAAGAUCACAGAGAUGUUGACGCUGAGGAACUGCUCCAGUAUCACAGAAAAGUCAUCAAAUGUUUCUUAUACACAGUGUGUGCAGUGCAUCUCAGCUGGGUGUCACUGGUCCUCUUCUCUCCAGCAAUGUGACUGGACACAUGAACCUGGACCACAGUUACAAGUACAGGAUGCAUGUAAAGAUUUACACUCUGGGACGGACUAUAAAGAGCCAGAGAUUAUCUCUCUAGAACCCAACAAGGUUUCUUUUCAUGGCAGAAACAGAGUUUUACUAAGAGGAAGUAACCUGGAAUCUGUCACCAAAAUCCAUAUUCAAGGGGAUCUGGACUGCAUUCCAAAAGAGGCUCCAGUGUUUGAACGCUCCAGUGACACUCUAAGGUUCAACGUUCCUCCUAGUGAAACUAAAGAAACAGUGAAAGUGUGUGCUGUAACUCCUGAUGGCCGUUGUCAUGGUAACAGCAUCAUCACUUAUAGUUCCCAGCCCAGCUGCACAGGAAUACAGCCCAAAGUCACCUGGAACAGUGGUGGACGGAUGAUUCGUGUGCAGGUGGUCAAUAUGGAGGUUGUGGAAUCAAUCUUCAUGCAUCCCCCCAAAAAAGAGCUUAUAACACACCACAACACAAGCUCAGGGGAUGUGUGGUUUUUCUCCCACACUUAUGAUUACAAUGGUGUGGUUAAUUUGUCUAUGAAAGUUGGGAACUCCGUUGUUGAAUGUGUUGGUAAUUUCUCCUACCUGCCUGAUCCAGAGUUCACUGGAUUCACCACCUCGGAGGUGUCUGACUAUCUAGUAGUGACCAUUCAGAAAAAGACAGAUAAGUUGAAUUUGAGUGAGAGUGAGGUGAAUGUGACUUGUCUACAGAAAGAUCAGCCAUAUAAAUGUGUUAUGGAGAGGAUUGAGUCCAAUGCCAUUAUUUGUAAGAUUAAACGAGAAUCUGGAAAAAUCCUCAAUGUUGACUCACUCACUAUACACGUUGGUGUGUUCACAAAAAAACUUGAGAUAACCCAAAGUGGUGUAAAGCAUUUAUACAUCUUUGUUGCAUUGAUUCUGCUCAUCAUUUUGGGCACUGUAGUUGGAUUUGUCGUUCACCGUAAGAGUCAGAUAAAAAUGAAUAAGAGAAUGAACAAGCAGCUGGAAAUGCUGGAGAGCAACAUCAGAAGGGAUAUUCGACAAGGCUUUGUUGAUUUGCAAACAGAAAAAUCAGACCUGAUCGACAACGUUGGGGCAAUACCUUUCCUAGAUUAUAAGCACUUUGCUUCAAAAAUUUUCUUUCCUGAGGCCGGCACUCUGGCAGCACAAAUGAUCAAAGACAUUGGCCAGGACUCUGAGCAGGCCACUGUUGAUGAGAAAUGUAAGGCAUUUGCUGUGCUGGUCAGAGAUAAGCAGUUUCUCACUUGUUUUGUGCAUGCAUUAGAGGAACAGAAGAACUUCAGCAUUAAAGACAAAUGUACAGUGGCAUCUCUGUUGACUGUCGCUCUGCAUGGAGACCUUCUUUACCUCACAGAGGUAAUGGAGGACCUUCUGCAGAGUCUGAUGGACCAGUCCAGCAAUGCAAAUCCCAAACUUCUGCUGCGUCGCACAGAGUCCAUUGUGGAGAAGCUCCUCACCAACUGGAUGUCCAUCUGUCUCUAUGGCUACCUCAGGGAAGCAGUAGGGCAGCCUCUGUUCCUGCUAGUGUCAGCUCUGACUCAACAGAUCUCUAAAGGGCCUGUGGACUCAGUGACAGAAAAAGCUCUUUACACACUUAGUGAAGACUGGCUUCUCUGCCAAGCACAAGACUUUGAGACCCUGAAACUGAAGGUGUUUUUUGCUGUGGGGACUGAUGGAGAGGUCAGCGAACACUUAGAGGUCAAUGCACUGACCUGUGACACCAUACACCAGGUCAAGGAGAAAAUCUUACAGACCUUCCAGCGCAAAUUUGGUUUCCCCUACACACGACAGUUCAGGGACAUUGAAAUUGAAUUUGAGAAGGCAGGACAUUUUGUCAUGCUACAGGAAGUUGAUGAGAGCUCAGAGGUUCGGGGACAUGUUACCAUGUUGAACACUCUGAGACAUUAUCAGGUGGCUGAUGGAGCGUGCAUUAAAGUUAUCACAAAAAGAGUGCAAGCCCCACUCAUGUCACAGAACAGUGUAAAGGAUGAUGAAAACUUCUCUACCAAAUACUUCCAUCUGGUUGAUCCAGAUAUAGAUCUAAGCAAACAUCCAGAGAGAAAAGAGGUGAAAUUCAAAGAGAUGUACCUCACCAAACUGCUGUCCACCAAGGUGGCAGUCCAUUCUUUUGUGGAGAAUCUUUUCAAGAAUAUCUGGGGAUUGCCCAACAACAGAGGCCCACUGGCUGUCAAGUAUUUUUUUGACUUCCUGGAUGCACAAGCAGAAAGAAAAAAAAUCUCAGAUCCAGAUGUCGUUCACAUCUGGAAGACAAACAGCCUUCCACUUCGUUUCUGGGUGAACAUCUUGAAGAACCCUGACUUUGUGUUCAGUGACAUGGAAAAGACGCCUCACCUAGACGGCUGUCUCUCUGUCAUUGCUCAGGCCUUCAUGGACUCUUUCUCGCUUGUCGAGCAAAACCUGGACAAGCAUUCGCCAACUAAUAAGCUACUCUAUGCCAAAGACAUUCCUAAGUACAAACUGGAAGUGAAGAUGUACUACAAGAUAAUGAAGGACACGCCCUCUAUUAGUAAUGAAGAGUUCAAGAUGUUUCUUCAGGAAGAGUCAAAGAAACAUGAAAAUGAGUUUAAUGAAUGUGCUGCCCUGCGCGAACUCUACACAUACCUGGCCCGCUAUGUCAGUGAGAUUUCUCAGAAGCUGGAGCAGACAGACGCACCCACCAGUUUGAAAGAGGAAAUGCACAAAGUGAUGAAGCUUUUUGACAACAUGAAGAGAAGUGCUUGGAGCUGAAAUUCUUCUGAUACUGCCUUUCAAACUUUCAUCUCCAC